UUCUAAUUAAAAAAAAAAGCGGCUAGCCAUGUUGGAUCUCUUAAUAGCGGCAUUUCGAGACAAUUUGUUGACUGAUUUGGACAUCAGAGAAGAAGUCAAUUUAUGUUUGCGGAACGUGUGAGGGUUGAAGUCGAUACCGUGAUGCAAGAGAACGGAAAGAAACUUACCAUGAGAUCGUUGCAAAAUUUGCCAUGUUUAGAGAGAUGUUUAAAGGAAUCGCUACGUUUAUAUCCCACUGCAUUUUUUAUAUUACGAGACGUUAAGGAAGAUGUAAAAUUACAUUUAUAUGUCGUACCUGCUGGAACAAUCUUAUAUCUUAAUAUCUACGGAGUUCACAAAGACCCCAAUUUUUGGCCAAAUCCAGAAAUAUUUGAUCCGGAUAGAUUUUUGCCCGAGAGGGUCCAGAAUCAUCAUCCUUAUUCUUAUCUACCGUUCAGCGCAGGACCGAAGAAUUGCAUAGGUCAACGAUUCAGUCUGUUGGAGUGUAUGAUUGCUUCUUUGGUGCACAAUUUUUACUUGGAGCCCAUAGAUUAUUUAAAGGACCGAUCAGCCGCAAACAAACUUUCAAAACUAACAAGAAUACCACACGAGUGUAAGAAAUUGACGAAAAUAUUUUAUAGAAUCUUAUAA